UGUAUGAAAACGGCAAUGUCAACUCAUCAUAUCACGGUGCGGCGAAUGUCAGUUGUGGCGAGUCGUCAUAUGGUUCGUAUGGAAGUGUUCUAGGCUAUUGUUGUAUUGUUGAGUUGGUUGUUGUUGCUAAGGUGAGAAAUGGAGCAGACACGUGUAGAGUUGAUGACUCUGUCGAGAGAAGAAACCUCAAAACUUCAGGAGGGAGUCACUUUGGUCAACAAGUCGGAGAAUGAGAAGUACAUAAUAUAUCGUGAUUCUGAUGAGUUCACAGCCUGUAAGAAUAUAUGUAAGCACCAAGGAGGGACAUUCAUCAAGGACAUUGAAGAUACCUCUAAGUGCAUUUUGAAAUGUACAAAACAUGGAUGGAAGCUUGACCCUAGUACUAUGCGUUAUGUCAACCCACCUGAUAGUUUCAGACAAGAACAACUAGUUGCGGAUAUUAAUGAUGAUGGUUGUUUGACAUUGACGGAAUUAAGGCCUCCUCAACCAUGGGAAGAAAACAAACGAGACCCUCAGCCAAUAGAACUUGGAGAAGUUAAGAUGACUUAUUUUACCCAUGCCUGUAUGAGGUUCGAGUUCAAAGACAUCAUAUUUUUUACGGAUCCGUGGCUGACCGGCCCAGCAUUUGCAAGAGGAUGGUGGUUAAUGCAUGAACCACCAGCAGAUUGGCUUGAUGAGCUUGCAAAGGCUGAUCUUAUCUACAUCAGUCAUCUACACUCCGAUCAUUUAAAGUAUGAUGCAAUUUUCUUUUUUUCCUUAAACUUAAUUUCAGCUAUUUUCCACCACCAUUUUCUACUUUCUGUAAACAAGGAUUUGAGAUUUAUGAUAAUGAUGGAUGGAGUACACCCGGAUAUGGAUACGUGUUUGCUAAUUGACUAUAAAGGUCAUUUGAUCUUGAACACAGUGGACUGUACCAAUCCUAAUGGCGGAAAACUACCAUCAAACGUUGAUGUGAUGAUGAGUGAUUUUGCCGGUGGGGCAUCUGGCUUCCCUAUGGCAUUUACAGGUGGAAAAUAUACUGAGCAAUGGAAGGCUGAGUUUGUGAAGCGUGAGCGCAAGAAGCUUCUGUACUACAAGACUCAAGUAAUUCGUGAUGUUGCCCCAAAGGUUUAUUGUCCAUUUGCUGGUUAUUUUGUGGAAGCCCACCCCUCAGACAAUGAUUAUGUUACAACACCAACUCCAGGUACAAAGGUCAUGAAGGACAGUUGGGAAUUUGACAAGUAUGUUGAUGCCAUUAAUGGGAGCUACGACAACGAGAUCUUUGCCUAUCCUGAGUGGAUUAAAUUCUAUUAUGAUUGGACUGGUUUCAACAACUACAAUCUAGUCAUAAGGAUGAUUGAAACAGAUGACAACUUUGAACCAAUUGAGGGUGGGUAUGACUUUUUGGUUGACUUCAUUGGUCAGAAGCCAUCUUAUCCAAGAGAGAGACCUCAACGUGAACACAGUUAUCUUGAGAUGAAGAACCGCAUGGGUGUGCACCGAGAGACGGUUAUACAUGGUUUGUUUUGGGAUAAUCUCUACAUUGGCUUCAACAACCGAAUAUCCAGAGAGCCUGAUACUUUCCAUUAUUUAUUUUGGAACCAUAUGCAGAUCCUACUGAAGAAAGAGCCACCACAAUGGAAAAAGUUCCUGAAAGAGCAACGGGCUAAAGGCGCUGAAAAGAAGGCUGUAUGGAAACCUCAUGGAGGAUUGGAAGCACUAAAAGGGUGUAGUAUGAAGAAUGGUCAGGUCCCGUACGGCGGUGAAGCCUCAUCAAAAGAAGGAUAUAGCACCUUCUUCAAAAAGUACUGGAAGCUUUCCGUGCCUACCAUUGUCUUAUUAGGAGCAGUUUUAUUUGCCUUCACAAAAGAUUAAAAUUGCUUACUGAAUAUUUUCUGUGUUCCAACUUAUUUACAGUAGCUACAGUCUUGUUUACCUACUUUUUUUUUAACCCUUGUAAUUGUGUUCAUGAUUUUCAGUAGUAUGAGUUGAAUGCUAUGUAUUUAAUGAGUAUGUAGGAGUAUUAAACACUGCAACGUUUAUUAAAAAUAAAAUUAUUUUUUUGUUAGGCAGUGCACUGCUUAUCUAAGAGCUACAGUUAAUGAAAAGCAAUCAUGUUUGUUUCAGUGCUUAUAUAUGUAUAUGUACAUAUAUAUAUAUAUACUCUGGUUUUAUUCAAACAACAUCAUCAGAAUUUGACAUAGCAUCACACUGAAAUUAUUGUUUACUAAAUUAUUUCCUUUAAUUUUAAUGAUUUACUGUAAAAUACUGCAGAGAUGUUCACAUUUCAGCUGAUGAGAAUAAUUUACAGUGUCCUAAGAAGCCUGCAUAUAUGGUUCCCUAGGGCACAAAUGCUGCUAAUAUUGUAAUGCCAAUUUAUAUUUUUAACAAUUAAUGUUACAUUUUACUUUCCAUACAUGUUUACUGGAACUAAUAAGUGCUGUGUUGUAGGUGUUAAUUCAAAAGCAUUAGUAAAAACAACUAAUUAUUCUAAUAAUUUUUUCCCAUCAAGUCAAAAUGUAACUAAAAUACUGUGCCAUAAUUGGGUUUUGGACCAACAACAGUAUAAGUUAAAUGUGUUCUUUUUCAUUUCGUAAAUUAUGUAUUUGUCUACUUAAAGAAUAGCAGAGUAUGUAGGUUAGGCCUCACAUAUAAGGCAAGCAUUUUACUGGUACCUGUCUAUUUGCUGGUAACUGUCAAUGAAAUUUAACUUGAGGGUAUUUAAUUAUUUAAUAAUAAGGGUUAUUAUCUAAAUCUGAAUGUAUAGCCCUUGCAAAACCUCAAAGUUAGGUGGUGGAGCCAUAACUGGGUGGAACAUAUUGCAAAUUACUCCAAAGUUAGGGAGAUGGCUUAGUGGAACUCCGUUAAUAAUUUUAUAAUUUCAGUCCUUGGUUAUAGUAAAGGCAUUAUACAAAUUGUUAUUAUUGUUAUUUAUUAUGUGCUUGCCGAAGAAGCAAUUAUCAGUGCUGUCAAAGAUUUUCGUCAUUGUAUAUUUUAUUACUAUUACUAUAACUAUGGUGUAUCACACUGAAAUUGCAUCGAUUGCACAUUAAAGAAAAAAAAGAGUAAAAUCUAACAGGAGAAAAUUAACACCAAUUACAAACUUUCUGAAUGGCACUGGUUUGAUCUGUGCAUUAUUUAUAUAUAGGUUUUAACCAACCUGCAUGGUUCAUUGACAUAUUUUACAUCUAUUUUGAACUUUUUUAUAUUUUAUCCCCAACCUGCUAAUCCUGGCUUAACAUAUUUGUAGGUAUUAGGUAACAGGAGAUUAUAAUUCCUUAUAUAUGAGUACUGAGUACUUGCAAUCAUCGGACUGUGCAUGUAGCUAUAAUUUAACAGCGUAUGCAUACUACACAUUAAAAAAGGAAUACAGUAGUUUGUAAAAUUAAUGUGUUUAUGUAUGUUGAAAGUAUGUAUGUAUUAAAAGAGAGUGAAGACUAUUUUAGCUUUUACUUACCACCAAUUUUAAUCCGGAUUUCAUUUAUCUGCAGCAUUAUUUAUCUGCAGCAAAUAUUAUGUAUAAUAUAUUAUAGCAAAUACCAUACUAUAUAGUUGAUAGUCCUCUUCUGUUACAUUUCAUUGAUAUAUUUCUGUUAUGUAUCAUGAAUACAUUUAUUAAAUAUAUAAUUUUAUGUAAUAUAUGUUAUAUAUUUAAGAAUAUUACAGCACCAAUUUUCACAUAUUUCCCUUUUGUGUUCUUGAUUUUUAAUUGUUAUUGUACUAUACUGAGUGAAUGAAAUGAAAUUGUAGUCAGUGUACACUUUGUAAUAACUGAAGUGGUGAUGGUUUAACAAAAUGAUUAACUUAUUUUUCUAGAAUCCAUUGAGAAUGUUGGCCUUCUGUUCAAUUAUUUAUAUUGUAGUAUUUCUUUGGUGUAUUUCUUUUGUAGUUUUUGUUGGUAUUGAUUACUAAAUUAUUUGCUUUAAUUUUAAUGAUUUACUGUAAAAUACUGCAGAGAUGUUCACGUUUCAGCCGAUGAGAAUGAUUUACAGUGUCCUAAGGAGCCUGCUUAUAUGGUUCCCUAGGACACAAAUGCUGCUAAUAUUGUAAUGCCAAUUUAUAUUUUUAACAAUUAAUGUUACAUUUUACUUUCCAUACAUGUUUACUGGAACUAAUGAGUGCUGUGUUGUAGGUGUUAAUUCAAAAGUGUUAGUAAAAACAACUAAUUAUUUUAAUAAUUUUUUCCCAUCAAGUCAAAAUUUGACUAAAAUACUGUGCCCUAAUUGGGCUUUGGACCAACAACAGUAUAAGUUGAAUGUGUUCUUAUAUUUCAUUUUCAUUUCGUAAAUUCUGUAUUUGUCUAGUUAAAGAAUAAUAGAGUACUGACAACUAGUGGAGUAUAAAAAAUUAGUACAUUAGUAAAUAGGUGGUAUUGAAGAAUGUUAUCCCUUAUAGAAAUUUAUAAAAUAUUUUAAUAAUUUAAAGAAUAUGAAAUCAUCUCAGUCUUUUUAAUAAAAAUAAAUUUUAAACUGAAUGAUAUACUGGGCAUAAAACUGUCAACAUGUACGGCUAGUGAAAGGGAAUUCACAUAGGUGUUGGGCUUACAUCAGUCUUUUCAGUCCGAGUCUCUCUAGUGUGUUAUGUCAGGCACUUGCGGCUUCCGAUUCCAUCUUGAGAGGCUCCAUCAGCAGCCUCGGUGUGGGUUGCGUGUUACUCAGGUGCCGUUCCAGUAGCCUAUAUUGUAGUCCACCUGAUGCGACUUAACAGCUUUUUAGAGCUCCUGAUCGAUCAUCAAAAUUCGGGCAUUUUGCUUCUGUUUCAGUCGCACAGUAUUCCAACAUUUUGAUUGAAAAUAAGUAUCAUGACAAAAGUAUUAACAUUUGUACAGUCGUGGAAUUGUAAUUACUGAUGGAAUAAAUUUUGUUCAAUUCAAAAUCAAUUGUAAAUCUAUUUUUAUCCAUUAAAUACAGUUGAAAAUUAUGA